GUGACAGAAAACACGUGGACCAAGAUCCGUGUUGAUAUGAGACGAUGAGUCUCUCUGCUGACAGCUUUAAACAUUUUUCACGAAAGGAUGUUACAGAUUUGUGUCAUUGUUUGUCCAGUGUAUGUGGCCAGAAUGCAGACGAGGCUAGAGGAGAUCAGACGAGCUUGAAACUCGUGUGCCUCACAACUUGCUAUCACUGGUUCAGAAGUAAAGAACAACCUGUUAAUUCCAAGAGCAUGUCUGAAGACUUUGCGAGGCUGAUAUAUCUAGUGGUUGACCUUAUACAGACUGAUGAGGACCCUUUUAUACUGUAUGCUGCUCGAAAAGCAUGGAGAGUGCUGCUGGAAAAUGAGACUCCUAAGGCAAAAAUUAAAGAAUGUCUCCAUGAAUUAUUGGAAUGCCUUGGAAAUAAAGAAAUCGGUACACUGAACAAAACUACCAUAUUGGAAAUGACCUCCGACCUUCUUCAAGGAGAUUUAACUAUCACUGUUCUGGAUGUUAUAAAACAGAGAUUUUCAUGGCUGGUAGAAAAUGUGCUCAAAUUUCCAUUCCAAGAAGACGACUCAAUUUUAAUUACAGCAUUUCUUAUAAUGUGGAGAAAGUCAGCUAAGAAAUGUCAAGAUCUGCAGUUAGAUUUGUGUUGGGUGAUGGAUUAUGAGAUUCUCCUACAGAUUAUAAAUGUAAUCAGUGUGACGGAGAAUCACAGCUAUUCUAGACCAGUGAUUCACCUGCUGAAGACAUUUUACUCGUAUGGACAGAUUCUGUGUUUACAGACCUCUGUUAAUCCCAUCUAUCUUAAACUAGGUUCAGCUGUACUACAAUGGGCUCUAGGAAAAGGAAUAUCAAACCUACAAGAGGAAUCAGCUGCUGGGUUUGGAGGCACAUGUGUAAUAGUCUCCUGUAAAUCAAAACUCAAAACAGAAUUUGGAAAUCUGUCUUCCCUACGACAGCUGGCUGCUUUAGUGUUAUCUGUUGCUGCUACCAUUGUUCGUUUUUCACACCCUAUAACAGGUAAAAUACUGUGAUAUCUACACAACCUAUAACAGGUAAAAUACUUUGAUAUCUACACAACCUAUAACAGGUAAAAUCCUGUGAUAUCUACACAACC